CACGAGCCUCCCCAGACGUUGACGCGCCAUCUUUAGAAACCCUGAGCGCAGCGCUGAAUGAAACUUCAUUUUAGUUGCCUGUGAGGAGCCGCUCGCUGUAUGGACCGAUUCCUUUCCUGCCCAGGUUUUUGAUCAGUUCAGGUUAUAAUGGGGAUCAAGGCUCCGCGCACACGGUGCUUCUUCGACGUUGGCAUCAGUAAUGUGCUCGUUGGCAGAGUUGUGGUGGAGUUGUUUUCCGACAUCUGUCCCAAAACAUGUGAGAACUUCAGAUGCCUCUGCACAGGUGAGAAAGGCAUCGGUAAGGGAACUAUGAAACCUCUGCACUACAAAGGAUGUCUGUUCCACCGUGUUGUGAAAGACUUCAUGAUUCAAGGGGGAGACUUCAGUGAAGGCAAUGGAAAAGGAGGUGAAUCCAUCUAUGGAGGCUUUUUUGAAGAUGAAAGCUUCGCUGUUAAACACAACAAGGAUUACCUCCUGUCUAUGGCCAAUAGAGGCAAAGAUACAAAUGGAUCCCAGUUUUUCAUAACAACAAAACCUUCACCGCAUCUGGACGGAGUCCAUGUGGUUUUUGGUCAUGUGAUCUCUGGCCAAGAGGUGGUUCAAACCAUGGAGAACCAGAAAACAGAUCCUAACAGCAGACCCUAUUCAGACGUGAAAGUUUUGAACUGUGGAGAGCUGGUCCCUAAAUCUAAAGCCAAGAAGGAGGAAAAAAAGAGAGCGAGAGCCUCCAGUUCUAGCAGUAGCUCCAGCGACUCUGAAAGCUCCUCAGAUUCCUCCUCUGACUCUGAAGAGUCCGAGAAAGAAUCUAAAAAGCGGAAAAAAAAGGCAAAGAAGCUAAAAAAGAAACAGAAGAAGAAGGACAAGAAAAGGUCAGAAGCUGAAAGUGCUGAAGAGAAGGACCAAGAAGAGACGGUUUCAUCUACUGUACGUCCUGAAGAAAUCCCGGCCAUCCCAGAGAACCGAUUCCUCAUGAGAAGAAGUCCACAGGCCGCCCAAAAGUCGAAUGAGGUGGAUGAAAAGGAUCAGAGACAUAAAGAGGAACGGCAGAGAGACAGUUCUAGCACAAGAUAUAAUUCUCAGUCAGCAUACAACAGAAGACUGGUGAUGACAAAAUCUGGCAGGAAAAUCAAAGGCAGAGGUCCUAGGAGGUACCGGACACCGUCUCGUUCAAGGUCCAGAGACCGUUUUCGGCGAAGUGAAACGCCUCCACACUGGCGUCAAGAGCUGCAGCGUCAGAGGAUGAGAGCCGUCACUGGAGAGCGCUGGAUUAAGGGGGACCGAGGUGAUAUGAAUGAAGCCAAGGAUGAAGCUGCUAAAGCACCUAGAAGAGAGCGACGAUCCUCCAGCACGAAGCAUGAAAAAACCUCUGAGGGUAAAAAAGAGAAGAAAAGUCGGUCACAUAGAUCCAAAAGCAAAGAGGAAGAAACAGCUGAGGAGGAGAAGCCUAGCAAACACAAGGCAAAGAAACAAGAUAAAUCUCCAAGUCGUAGUAAAAGCAGAGAGAAGAGUAGAAGGUCAAAAAGCAGAGAUAAGGGUCACAAGCACAAAAGUGAAGACAGGAGAGGUCGCUCAAGGAGCAAAAACCGAAACAGUGACAAGAAAGAAAAAGAAUCUGAUCAUAGUAAAGAUAAAAACAAGAGCCACGAAUCUGAUGAUAAACCUAAAGAGGACCCAAAAGGAAGAAGUGGUGAGGGAACUAGAGAAAAGUCCAAAAGCAAGGAAAGAACAACCUCAAAAGAUGGCCAUAGAUCAAGUAGCAAAAACAGGGAUAGACACGGAUCUUCACCGUCAAAAGAAAAAGAAGAAAAACGAGAGAAAGACGGAGAGAUGGGCAGGGAACAUAGCAGGAGUAAGGAAAGACAACGCACUGAUGAAAGAGAGAACAAGAGGAGAGGAACAUCCAGGGAUAGGGAACAUCGUUCAAGAAGUCCAGACAGGAAUAAGACUAAAGACUCUCACAGAAGCAGGCGCUCCAGAAGUAAGAGUGAUCAGAGCAAGGACCAAUCAUCUCAUAGAAGAGACAAAGCAGCUGCCAGUCAAAGGAGAAGACGUAGCAGCAGCAGCUCCGACAGUGACAGAAAUGAGAAAAGUAAAAGUCGAAAGAGACCAGAGUCCAAGACAAGACCAAAAAGUAAAUCUAGAUCUAAAGACAGAAGAAGUCCAGAUAGAUCCAGACCAAGACCAGAUAGUACAAAAGGCAAAGACAGAAAGGACAGCAGGAGGAACAAAUCGAGUUCAAGCUCCAGCUCUGAUAGCGACUGACCCUGUGACAGUAGACAUAAGGAACAGAUUUCCUGUUUGUCUCCAUUUUAUACCCACUAUAGAAACAUGCAGCCUUUAACUAAAGUGGAACAUAUUCACAUUCCUCAUUCAUUGCAAAAAACUAAACUCGUCACUGUUCAGGAGAACUUAGAAAACUCAGUUUAGAAAUUAUUUUCAAACACUUUUAAAAGUAAGACAGGCCCUGGUAUUUUUUUUUACCAGGUUCCUGUUUAUAUAUGUGGCAGUGUAAAUAAAUUGUAUUCAAAAAAACGUUCUAACCAGUCCGGUGGGUUUACACAACAUGGCAGCCGUGGCUACGAGGUAAUCCUUUGGCGUAACAGCAACGGUCCAUGAAAAGUCCACUAAGAGUGCUUUAUUCACUAAAGGCUUAAAUUGUAAGUAGGGAGUCGGUAAUAUCGACAUAGUCCACAUAAAGAAAGGAUUCAGCCAUUAUAGAUUCAGUAAAAUAUAAACUCUCUCCAGUACUCACUAACAUUUCUACUCCCGUCUUGCUGCAGCAAUCCAAGUCUCGUAAGACUUCUUGUUUAGCACAUGUGUAAUCUUGUCGCACUCUUUGCAAAGACCCAGAAUAUGUUGAGCCUUUGAUUGGUGAAUAAAAGAGUAAAUUUACCCCAUAACAUUGAAGAAUCUGCUGUUCCCAGUGGGGGGGAUCUAUUGGACUGAUUUCAAAAAUGUUUGUAACCUUUCAUUUAUAGGGUCCAGAACGCUACAAAACGGUAAACAUUUAACUGCUUAAACUUAAACAAACUGAGGCAGCACAUGAAAUUUGUCUGAACUGAUUAUCUCUGAAUGGGGAUUGUGAAUUCAUUGUCACUUUUGAUGGUUAGCUGAAGCUGCAAGGCCGUUUAAAAGAGAAGGAAUUGAGACUGAAAAAGAAACUAGAAUUAGUACCAGAUUUUAUUUUAAUUGUACAUGACCAGGGAUUGGAUUGAACUUUUUUAUUUUAUUUUUAACUCUGUUUUUUUUGAAUACUUGGUUAAGUAUAUUUUGGCUUAUAAGUUCUGAUUUCAGGCUGUAAAAAAUUUGAUAAAUUAAAUCUUUCCCCUGAUGACAUAUUGUACUAAAAUUUGUUUUAUUAUUAUUUAAAGCAGUUGGUUUUUGGAAUGACUUGCCUCUUCCAAAUUUGGGAAAUGCCUGCCAUUCAAGUUAUUUUCACUACACAGUUAGUCAGGAAGAGCCCACUCAAAACUACUUGCAUGUGUGCUUAGCCCUGAUAUCAAUGGAUAAAAUCUUUUUUUGUUUUACAUCCACAACUGUUAACUGACUUUGUGAUAUAUCUGGAUUGUUCUUUGUUUUCUUUCUUUUUUUGCGUUUCUGUUUUGGUAGAAGAAAUAUCAUUAUGAUGCUGUAAGUACAAUAUAAAAUCAGUUUGUAUAAUUGUGUUUUGUGCAAGUUGGUUUCAAGUACUGGACUACGGUGUUCAAUGAUUAAAGUGCUCAAUUUGGA